UGGGCUGGGGACUGGACUGGGAGCUGUACUGGGCUGGGCUGGGGGCUGCUGGGUUGCACUGGGCUGGGCAGUGUGCAGGACUGGGAGCUGCACUGGGCUGGGCACCGCAUGGGGCUGGGGGCUGCUUCCGCCCCUGCCCUGCCGCGCUUUGUCCUCCCUUGACUCGGCUGCAUCGUCCAGGUCCUUGCGUCCCAGCCCCUGGGGUCCGGGCUUUGCCCGCGUGGCGAAGAUGUGCCCCUGCCCCUGCCUGCCCAUUUGCACCCUGGUCAAGUGCAUGAUCAGGGGAGCGGCCCCUUCUCCCUGUGCCAGGGGAUGGUGGAGGCUGCUCCCACGCUCACAGCUCCUGAUGCCCCGAAGCACCGCAAAGCCUGGCCCUUCGCAGGCAUGGAGCUGUUGGGAGCUGGGGAGCGCGGGAGGCAGACUCUGAAUCGGGGCUUCCCCGGUCUGGCAUGGCCCAGGCUGCAGGGGGAGCGGAAGAGGGGGAAAGGCCCCCGCGCUCUGCCCCUGCGUGACACAGACCACAGGGCGAGAUGGACCUGUGGUCCGCCCCGCUCAGCGCCCGUCCGUACGCUCUUGUCACUUUGUGGGAGCCCUGGAGCAGAGUGGCUCCAAGAAAGCAGCACGUGCUGACGGGCAGAAAGCUGCUGAGCGCCCCUCGCGCGGAGAAUAACCCGGUGCAGGAAAGGGGGCGGGCGGCGCGGUCCGGGUGCUGCUGAGGAAUGCUUUUGUGGAUGUUGAGGGUAAAACCAAAAGCUGCGCACACCUCGGAUGCGAAUAGCGUGGCUUCCCCCCCCACCUAGUUUAACUUCAUGCCCCUUUUAAACUGUGCGUACGGUUCUCUGGGCGUCAGAUCUUCCUGAGGAAAUAAUGAGCUGCAGAAAUGCUGUUUUAAAGCCUGCAGUGGUGUCUGAAUGCCUGAUUUGAACUGACUGAUGGAGUGGAGGAAAAGAGCUUUCUGUCCAGUUAGGACCGUCUCUGCCCUAUUGCCUUGUGUUCCCAGGGGCCUCUUGGUCCUUCAGAAGUUAGUCUUUUUUUUUUUUUUUUAAAUAUAUUCUUGGCCCCAUUAAUGCUGUUUUUUUUAAUUCCCAAACAAAACAAACGCUGUGCUCAGGAGAGCUGCUCACCUGAUCCUCUCCGAGGAGUCACCUGUCUGACGAUACCUCUGUCAUCAUGUCAGUCAGCGUCCACGAGAACCGUAAAUCCCGGACUAGCACCGGCUCCAUGAAUAUCUUACUUUUCCACAAAGCUUCCCACCCGGACUGCGUAUUGUCCCACCUCAACACUCUCCGGAAACACUGCAUGUUCACUGAUGUCACCCUCUGGGCCGGGAACAGAUCCUUCCCGUGCCAUCGGGCCAUCCUGGCUGCCUCCAGCAGAUACUUUGAGGCCAUGUUCAGCAAUGGUCUCCGGGAAAGCCUGGAUGAUGAGGUGAAUUUCCAUGACAGCCUCCACCCGGAGGUGCUGGAGCUUCUGCUGGACUUUGCAUACUCCUCUCGCAUCAUCAUCAAUGAGGAGAACGCAGAGUCCCUGCUGGAGGCCAGCGACAUGCUUCAGUUCCACGAUGUCCGAGAUGCGGCGGCCGAGUUCCUCGAGAAGAACCUCCACCCCUCCAACUGCCUGGGCAUGAUGCUGCUCUCGGAUGCUCACCAGUGCCGGCGGCUCUACGAGCUGUCCUGGAGAAUGUGCCUGGUCAACUUUGAAACCGUGCACAAGAGUGAGGACUUCAACAACCUCUCCAAGGACACGCUGCUGGACCUCAUCUCAAGCGACGAGCUGGAGAUUGAGGAUGAGGAGAAGGUUUUCAAGGCUGUCCUCCAGUGGGUGAAGUACGAUUUGGAUGAACGGAGGGUUCACCUCCCAGAGCUGCUGAGAAACAUGCGUCUAGCCUUACUGCCUUCAGAGUGCCUCAAGGAAGCCAUGGCUUGUGAGAACUUGAUCAUGGCCGAUGAGAGUAACAAGGUCAUCUUGGACGAGGCUAUUCGCUGCAAGAAGAAGAUCCUGCAGAAUGAUGGGGUGGUCACCAGUCUCUGCGCCCGGCCUCGCAAAGCUGGGCAUACCUUGUUGAUCCUGGGUGGCCAGACCUUUAUGUGUGACAAGAUAUAUCAGGUAGAUCGCAAAGCCAAGGAGAUUAUUCCCAAAGCAGACCUGCCAAGCCCAAGGAAAGAGUUUAGUGCCUGUGCCAUUGGCUGCAAAGUGUACAUCACUGGCGGGAGGGGAUCUGAGAACGGGGUCUCAAAAGAUGUCUGGGUGUUUGAUACCGUGCACGAGGAAUGGUCCAAAGCUGCCCCCAUGCUGAUAGCUCGGUUUGGGCAUGGCUCAGCUGAACUGGAAAACUGCCUAUAUGUGGUCGGUGGCCAUACCGCAGUGGCUGGUGUCUUCCCUGCCUCUCCCUCUGUCUCCUUGAAGCAGGUGGAGAAGUACGAUCCCACAGCCAACAAAUGGACCAUGGUGGCCCCGUUGAGGGACGGAGUCAGCAAUGCUGCCGUGGUGAGUGCCCGGCUCAAGCUUUUUGUCUUUGGCGGGACUAGCAUUCACCGGGACAUGGUCUCCAAGGUGCAGUGCUACGACCCUGCUGAGAACCGGUGGACGAUCAAAGCAGAGUGCCCCCAGCCCUGGCGCUACACAGCAGCUGCUGUCCUGGGCAGCCAGAUUUUCAUCAUGGGAGGUGACAGUGAAUACACAGCAGCAUCCGCCUACCGCUUCGACUGCGAGACAGACCAGUGGACUCGCGUUGGGGACAUGACUGCCAAACGCAUGUCAUGCCACGCAUUAGCCUCGGGGAACAAACUGUAUGUGGUGGGAGGAUACUUUGGGACUCAACGGUGCAAAACACUGGACUGUUACGACCCUACCUCAGACACGUGGAACUGUAUAACAACCGUGCCUUACUCGCUCAUACCCACGGCUUUCGUCAGCACGUGGAAGCACCUGCCAGCCUGAGAGGCGUUGGCCCACAAGCCCAACCAGAUGCCAGCGUCACGUUCACUUCCCUCUCUGCCGGAGCCUGCAACAGCGACUGAUUACCGCUGCGUGCGCAGGAUCUUUUGUGGCCCGUCCCUGGCACCGGGACAGCACGAGGGCUGACCUAGGAACUAAACUGCCCCACGUGGGCUGGGACGGGAAGCUUCACAAAGCUGCUAGUCUACCUGCUGUGUGAUCAAGAGACCGAAGGAAAGUGGAGGAGGUGCCGGUUUGCAAUCCUGUGGGUUUACAGCCAUGCUCUACUGGAGCUGUCGCCUGCAGUUGUUGGGUGGGGAGGGAAGUGGGCCUGGCUUUGAUAUGCUGAGAAACAUGGACAUUGCUUUAAGCCUGUUUGGUAGCAGGAGGUGGGAGUAAUGGCCAUGCCCUGGGGUAGCAGCAUAAACAGCUGGCUGGAAGAGUAAGGCCGCUAGUGCCAUCUGUGCCCUCUGGAGAUUGCAGUAGGCUCCCGUGAUGGUUUUCCUGUGUGUGUAGGAGCACAUAGCACAAUAAUCUCAUUAGGUGCUUUCUUUGUACUGGGUUGGGGAAGAAGGGCAGUUUCUACAUGUUUUUUUAAAGCAGUGAAUGUUGCCAAGUGCUUUAUAUUGGGGGCCACUGCUGUUUAGCUGACUUUAACUUGUUUUAAAGACCUGGCGGGCGAGGGGGGUGGGAAUGGUUAUGGACUGUGGAUGGAGGAGGGAUUGGGUAAUUCGGCUCUGGGCUCAGCAUGGGUUAGAAACUUUGUUCUCUGCUGGGCUCUUCUGCUAUGUCAGUGCCAUGCCAGGGCAAGGCUACUGCAGCAAGGUGACCCAAAUACCAGCUCCCAUUGCCCUGCACUGAAGGCAGCCACUGAAACUUAAAUUGGGAGUCCCCACUCAUAAUUAAGACAGCCCAAGCAGCUGACAGAUCAGCAAAGUGAGGCAGGGGCUUGUUGUUUUGAAAUUGGGAGCAUUUGCCUUGCAUGUUCACCUGCCUUCUGUUUGCAGCCUGGUAGCGUGCUGCACACGGCUGCUGCAAAGAGAUUUUGCACCCCAAUAAUGUGCCAAAAUACUAGGAUGUGUGUUAUGCUGCUCUGGGCAGAGCUCAAACUUGCUGCAUCUUCAGUGCUUCCCCUCUGCACGGUCCCGUUCCCCAAACACUUGCACAGAUGGAAGCGGUGCUAGCAAAUGAACAUAGGAUUUGCGGUUUCCACACCUGAUUGUCACCCCCCUGAGUAGGGUAUCCCGCCUCUAGCAGCGCCCGAUGCUUGACGCUUCCGAGAAAAGCAAAACUGAAUCCAGUGAAGCAUCACACCAUUGGCACGGAGAAUGAUGGGUGGGUACAGAGGUGAGGAAAGCCCUCCUCACCCCUGUGCCACCCAGGUGAAUGUUUCUGGCCAUGUUGUCCUGGUCUAAAUUACCCAUGUUCAGUUCGUAGAGACCUUGAGUGUCACAGGUGAGCUAUGCAUUGGUGCUGUUUUCCACAUAAUAGCCACUAAUUCUUAGUGUCCCUUUGUCCCCCUUGCGGGGGAGGUCUCUUAGACUGUGGCUCUUGACACAGAAGGAUACAGCUUCUUACUGAGCCAGAUGCAUUUCCCUUGCUGGCUGGCCACAGCUGGAGAUGGGCUCUGCACCUGGCCAGCCCACUGCCCUCUGGCGUACGGCUACUCCAGCAUCCCUGUGAGUACUUUGAGCUGUCCUUUCCUCAGCGGAUUAGCCAAAUGAUGCAAUGUACUGAAAGCCCUUGACACAGCCUCAAAUAACAAAGGCCUUUCAGGAGCCAAGAGCUGCCUUUGCUGUCAGGACGAGCACACUUUGUAUACAGGGACCUCUGUACCGGACAGAUUUACGUUUCUUUACAUUUUGUAGUUGGCUCCCAGAUCUCUGAAAACUUGAAUAAAACGGUCUGGGAAACCAUUUAUGUCUGUGCUAUGGGAGUCUUAUUUUCGAAGCAAGCUGGAUUUAGGUAUAAUAACAGGGCCGAGGAAUAAUCAUACGCUUCACACGUUGUGGUGCCUCACGGCUGCAUUUCAUAAGCAAUUCCAUUUAACCUGGUUAGGUAUAAUUAUCUUUGCAGUUAGGGAAACUGAGGCAGGGCAUGAAGUGUGUUGUCCCAGAUCAGAAAGUCAUACUGCAGCUCCUCCAGAGGCGAAAUCAAGGACACGACCGCAUCAGGCUUCCAACCGUGAGACGAGGGGCAGAAGCGAGAGCCCUGGUGUCUGGUGCCAAGCAGAUUUCAGUGGUCGCCGCUAGACACGAUCCCUUUUCAGGGGAAAUCUGUACUAUGAGCGAAGAUGCAGAGAAGAGCUUUGACUUCUGGUUUUUCGCUUUGCCAUCAUCCAGCUCGUCUUCUCCUGACUUCUGCAGCGCUGCAGUGCUGGAGGGGAAAGUUCAUGUUCUAGCUUCCCUCUGGUCUUGCACUGCACUCACCACUGUGGUCUCCUCCACAUGCACCAUCUCCUCAUGCCAACAUCACCUCCCCUUGCUGGGCCAGUGUCAGGCAUUUUAUGGGAUAUGCCUCGCUACUGAAGCAUUAGAAAUUCCUCCCGACUAUGAGGACACUAGAGCUUGCACAGCCUAGAUGUAGGGGUAAACCAAUCUGUUUUUCUUGAUCUCAGCUGCAAUUCAGUGGGAAUUAGGCAUGUGUGCGCCUUUGAAGAGCUGUGCCUAUGUUCUUCAUUUGUAAAAACUGGAUCGGAGCGUGAUCCUACCACACACAGGGCGUUGGGAGAGUAAAUUCAGGAAUGUAACCGAAGCAGUCAGAGGGUAGGGUGAUAAAAUAGGAAGAAACUUGGCCCACUUUAUUCAUUAUUAGGACCACACAAUUAUGACCCCCUUUGACUACAGAAGAAAUGUCCUCAAUCACUUUUCAUUGACUCUGAUUUUUAAUCUUGGCUCUGGCCGUUUAAAAAGGCCUGUCGGAAGAUUUGUGCGGCGAUAGUUUUGGUCACGGGGGGAAAAACCCAAGACGUUCCCCUUUGUUUCCAUUCUGGAUCUCGCCUGAAAGACGAUGCCAAAGGGCUCACAAGUGGCUGGGCGCAGCAUCAACCUGUUGCUAGGGGAUUGUGUGUGAAUGGAGCUACAAAAGAGUCGUAGCUUCCAGCAGCGGAGGGUUAACAGUUGGGAAAACUACAGCUGACUCUGGAGUCCCGCUGAUUUGUGAUUGUGAGGAGGAAAAGCAGCAUUAAAAGGCAUGUUGUAGAGUUCAGGUGCAACCAAGGCAGGGAAGGAGUGCAGGAGUUUUCCUUUCUUGGCUGUGCUGUGCCCUGGUUCCUAAUGCACAAGUGUCUCUCACUACAGCCCCCACCCCUCCUUAAUGCUGUGAUAACUCUCUAUCGUAUAAUGCUAAUGGAUGUGUCACCAUAAUAACCUGAGAAAGACCAAAGACAGGCAGCAAGCAUGGAGUGGAAACCAGCUGAGGUUUGGGGUUUGGUGUGGGCUCGGCUGUGUGGUUGGCUGCCUAGCCGGGCUGGGUUUUUUCCCACCCACCCAGCUCCUGAGCCUGCCAGCAGCUGCCAGGGGAGCAGGGCACAAAGUUGCAGGGCCUGGCUCUGGGUCCUGAAGGCAUUGGGCCCUGGCCAGUCCCCUGAAGGCUGCUAGCCCAGGAGAAGGUGGUGCCCUGUGAGUGCCGUUGGCUGUUUUGCCAAGUCAAACAUGCCAGCCUGUUGAUCCCUAGGUUUUGGGUGCAGGGCAUAUUUAUUUUCCCUGGGUCCCUGGAGUCACUGAUCCAGGAGUCCCCCAGGGCCAGCUCCUGGGCAACAGCACCGUGGCCGGCGUGCUGGUCUUCCAGCCGUGAGGGUUCACAGCCUGCUCGGGCCCAUCUCUGAC